AUGUCUAUAUAUGCUCCCGACCACAUUUCAACUUCACCUUCAGAUGAUGAUGAUCAAAAAAUUAUAAUGGAUUUGACCGUUUCUCGGUUUCAAACUGUAUUAUUUCGACCUUUAUUAAGUGAUAACCAAAAUGACCGUACAAAACAAUUGGAUAAAAUUAUUGACGUUGUAAAGAAUUGGGCAAAAGAUUGUUAUUCUUCUGAUUUUUCUUCUGAAUCUCAAGAACCUUCUCCACCUUGUGCUACUUCUAAAAGGUCUUCGGUGUCUGAUGGUAGUAUUACGGUAAAUCAUCCUGCUUCUUUGACUUCUUCUCCCAUAUUCACUGAUGAUACUCCUUCGGGUUCGGUUUCUUCGUACGCUGUUUCUCCCAGUGCUGGUGGUAAUGUUACUAGUAUUAUUAAUCUUGCUACUGCUCUCUCUGGUGACCUUACUUCUUCCGAUACCCUCCUCUCUGAUGAUAUUUUUAUAUCUAAAGACAGUCCUAAUAAUUCUUCGGCUCUAAGAACUGAUAGUAUUCCUCGAAGAUGCUCUAUAGAUCAAGAUAAUUAUGAUGGAAAUACUGAAAAAGCUCUUAAACAUCAUAUUUACACUAUUUUACGCAUGUCUAUUGACUGUCCCUUUGAUGAUGUUCGUCGAACUUUUAGAAAAUUUUUGUUAGACUUAUGGGCGAUGGGUGUACAGGUACCGGCACCAAUUUAUCCGUAUCCUUCGUAUUUUAUACCUGCUGAGGAGAUAUUGACUCUUAAAUGGUCAAAUGAACAAUAUUCUCCUUUCUCAACUACUCCAUCAACGCCAUUACAACCACCCUCGGACGAUCGAAUAUCAUCCUCUAACAUAUCGUCGACAUCAUCUCCAAAUACUUUUGUAGGAAGACAACCUGAUGAACCUGUUAGACGUUUAAUUCUUGAAACUUUUGCUAGCGUUGGAAGAAUAAGUCAUUUACAUAGAAUUUUGUCUUAUUUUCCAAGCUUUUUGGAAAAGUAUCAAGCUUCCUUUUGUAAAAUUGUUGAAGAUGUUAGUUGUCCUGUAAAAGUUGAUGAACGAUUAUAUAUUGGAAUAAUGGCUGCAUCUCAGCACAAAUGUCAAUACCUUGUAUCACUAUUCAAACAUGAUUUUAUAAAUCAAAAUGGUGAUGCACGAUGGCUUGAAGGUUUACAAUAUGCAUCGGAAAAAAUAAAAAGUUUAGCUAGAUUGAAUUCUAUCUUGGCUCAUAAACCGUGGGAUCUUAGACCAAGUCAUAUUGAUGAACUUAUAAAAUGUGCAAAUAAUCCUAAUGGUUAUUGGAAACGUUCCGAUGUAAUUCAUGUAAUUUUAGUUCUUGCAACUUUUCAUAGUUUAAGUAGUUUUGUUAUGGGAUGUGGUAUUGUACCUGAAUAUGAUACAAAAGGUGGAAAUUAUAUGCCAUCAGAAUUUAAUCCAAAUUUAUUUGGAUGUGAUGAUUCAGAAUUUUCUUCUUAUGGAAUUUUGGAUUCAACCGAAAAAAUUCGUCCUGAUGUAGCUGCUGGUUUAGGAGUAGUUAUACCGAAUUCAAAUGCUAAAACAAAUUCUGAUUUAAUAUCAAAUGAUAAUGAUGAACAUUCAUUACCUACACAAAAUAAUCGAUCAUCUAUUACUGGUGAUGAAAAUACUUUAGAUACUAGUCAAUUAAUAGAAAGGUUGAAAAGUAAACGCGAAAGUUCUGCGUCAAUUAAUGAAGAAGAAUCAAAAGAUGACGAAAACACCGAAAUUGAAGAAACGCCAAACGUUACCACCACUUCAUUAUCACGUGAUGAGACAGAAACAACAACCAGUUUCAUGAAAAAUAACAUCACAAUACCGCCUCCAGGCGCUCAUGACACAGAAGACUUUUCUAUUUUUCUUGAUCUUACCGUUGAAACACCUUAUUCUGAUUUUCCCAUAGAAAAUUCUUUAUUUAAACUUCAAGAAUAUUGUUGGGAAGAUCAUGGUGUAGAGAUGGUGAGCAAUCCUUUACCGGGUGUAGGUGAGCUCUUGGAUCAAGAAUUUACUGAAAUUCGAGAUCUUACAGAUUAUAGGAAAUUGUGUUGUACACCAGAAGAUAUUACUAUUGACGAUUGGUCAGAUAUGGGAUUUGAAUUUAGUUCCGAAGAUAAAUGCCACGUAAACCUUAUUGCCGUUGAAGCGCGUAAACAAGCUGAAUUAAUCUACGGUUUAUGGAAUGUUAUGAAAUGGCGUUCAAGAGAAGAUACCGAAUGA